CAAAAUCAAAUUAACCUUCCCAAGAGGAAAAGAGAGUCGGGCAAGAAAUAAAAGAACAUAAAAUAAAUUACCUCUAGUACCCGCCUGUCACUUCUUUGGUCCCCAAGAAGUUGUUGGUGAUCAAAAUUUGGACCUCUAUAGAUAGCAUUACCUGCCCUGCCCUCUCAUCAUCACUGAAUGACGGGGGUAAAUUAAAAUCUACAAACUCAUAAUAGUAGAUAUGAUUAAUGAAUAUCACAGCUAAGUCAAUAUAUGCAAUCAAAAGAAAAAGAUGCACAUGUGUAUUUGCAUGCAUUUUCGUGAUUCUGGUGAACUGGAUAAUGUCCAAGAGAAGGAUCCUUCCAAGAGGUGACAAAUUGACAAUGAUAAGUUUGAAACAGAAAUGGGUUACUCCAGCUCUCGAGAAGUUGGGAAAGACACCAGUCUAGUAAUGGUUUUCAAGCUACACCGUACCUUUGAGAUCAAGGAUCUGACCAUACUGGACAUACUGAAAGCAACCAACAAUUUCAACCAAGAAAACAUAAUUGGCUAUCGAGGCUUUCGUUUGGGUUAUAAAGCAACCUUAAACAAUGGAGCAAAGCUUGCUAUCAAAAAUCUUUCAGGAGAUAUGUGUAUGAUAGAACGAGAAUCCAAAGCAGAGGUGGAAGUUUUAUCAAAGGCCCAACACGAAAAAAUGGUUUCUCUGCUGGGAUAUUGUGUCCACGAUGGUCUUCGGCUACUGAUGUACUCUAACUCUUAUAUGCAUAAUGGAAGCCUUGACUACUGGUUGCAUGAGAACCCUAAUGGCUCAUCCCAACUUGAUUGGCCGUUGCGGUUGAAAAUAGAUCUUGGAGCAGGUAGCAUGCACCAAAUCUAUGAACCACACAUUGUGCACCGUGAUAUAAAGUCGAGUAACAUUAUCCUUAAUGAGAACUUUGAAGCACAUAUUGCUGAUUUUGGAUUAUCCAGGCUCAUUCUCCCUUAUGCAACUCAUGUUACAACCGAGCUUGUUGGAACACGUACUGGGGUACAUUCCACCAGAGUAUGGGUAGCCACGCUAAGGGGCAACGUAUACAGUUUCGGGCUUGUAAUUCUUGAACUACUUACAGGAAAGAGGCCUAUGGAGGUAUCCAAAUCAAAGGCAUCAAGGAAAAUAGUUGUAUGGGUGAAGCAAUUGAAAAACGAAUGAAGAAAUAUUUGAUUUUGUACUGAGAGGCAAAGGAUAUGAACAAGAGAUGUUAUAGGUAACACCAACUAUCAUGAAAGUUGUUGAUCAGCUC